AUGCCCUCGACGAUUCCUCAUGGCUCUGCAACAGUGCAAGUCUCAAUCAUCAGUCCCAACCAAGUCCUCGAUGUACCUCCCAGCUCGUUCUUGACUCCAGAGAUACCAGGAACCACAUACUCAGACACGCCUUGUCUGUCCUUCCUGAUCGAGCAUGUCGAUGCCAGCGGGAAGCUUUCGAGGGCGCUUUGGGAUCUCGGUAUACGAUCGGACUGGGAGAAUUUGCCUCCAGCAGCUGUGGCAGCCAUCGAAGCGAUGGGUAUCAAGAUCCAUACCAAGGCUGAUGUUGUUGAUCAGCGGCAGGCUCAUAACAUUGAGCCAUCCAUAAUCAGCACGCUCUUCCUCUCACAUUGGCACUUCGACCAUGUCGGUGACGCCACUCGUCUGCCCAAGACUUGCAAGAUCGUCAUGGGACCUGGCUCCAAGAAGCAUUGUUUACCUGGCUAUCCAGAAAAUCCGGACUCUCUGAUCAACGGGGAUGUCUUCCAGGAUCGGGAGUUCCACGAGCUCGACUUCAGUGCCACCGGUCUAGCCAUCGCAGGGCUAGCAGCGAUAGACUGGUUCGGCGACGGCAGCUUCUACCUGCUCAACACUCCAGGCCAUGCCAUUGGACAUAUUAGCGCCCUGGCGCGGACAACAUUAGGUAACCCAGCAGAAACUGCCAGUGACACCUUCAUCUUCCUAGCAGGAGAUGUCUGUCACCACAUGGGCGAGCUUCGCCCCAACGAGUGGGAACCUCUACCACCGACAGCUCCAUCAUCGAACAAUCUGCCCAUAGCACCUCAUAAGUACCUCAGCGCCCACCCAUGCCACUGCAUCGACAAACCCUUCUACAAGCCAUCAGAAGGCGGCUUCAUGCUAAACGCAGCAGAAAUGCAGGCAACAGUCCAGAAGGUCGCAGUACUGGAUAGUGACCCUAGAGUCUUCACUGUGCUUUCGCAUGACCACUGGCUCUUGGACGUUAUCGAGCCGUUCCCUCAUACAGCAAAUGAGUGGCGAGCCAAAGGGUGGGCGGAGAAGGCGAGGUGGAGGUUCCUGCGAGAUUUCCGCGUGUAG